AUGGCAGUGGACUUGGGGGACCAAGCCAGUGGCUUUAGCCACAGUGAGGUGAUUAGAUUUAUAAACAAUGAAAUCCUUAUGAAUGGAGGUGGGCCUGAGUUCUACAUGGCUUUCCGCAUGCGGCCCUGGAAUGAAAUAGAAGACCAGCUUUGCACCAUUCUGGUUGAUCCUCAGGUGCCACGUUCUCUCAAAAGGGCCUGUACCUGGAGUGCUUUGGCCCUGAGUGUGCGAGUAGGUGCGAGGCAGCGUGAGCAGCUGGCUUAUAUGGUAGGGUUGCCACAAGAUUCAUUGGGGCAGUGCCCCUCGGCUCCCAGGGCCUCAGUCUCAGAGCUAUGGCAGCUGCGUCAACAACGAGAGGAGGCCAUCACCCAACUGAUUUCCACUCAAGCUGCCCUACAGCAGGCGAUGAGGGAAUGUGAUAUGCUGCGCCGGUGGUUGCACCAUGAAAGGUUUGCCCAGAUGACUCCGCUGGUUCAUGAUGUAGUGCCUGUAGCCCAGACCCAACAGCUUGGUGCUUCAGUGAUGCCCAUGAAUCCAGAUCAUGCGAGAGUUAUGGGUGCAAUGGGUGGGUACAAUGACAGGCAGUAUUUAGAAGCACAGGUGUCAGCUGCAACAAAUGUUUUUUAUAUGCCAGGAAGCACAAAUCCCUGGCCCACAGCCAUGCAACCCUCUGUGCCAGUUCCAAUGCCAUACCAGUUCCCACCACAUCCACCAUUCCUAGUGGGAUCUCCAUUCUUGAUGCCCUUUUCACCUCCAGUAGUUAUGGAAACAGAAGGAGGUGUUGUAGUUCCAGUUCAGAUGCCUCCGCCUCCUGUGUAUCCAUCAAAUCCAUAUGCUGUCCCAUGCUCCCAGAAUCCCGCUGGUCUAUGGGACCAGAGAUGCUACAUGGCUCCUGAAGGUCCUCCAGUCACCCAGCAUCCUGUUCCUCCAGAGGACAUCGGAAACUUCAGCCAGGAGGAAGACCCAGAGAAGACCCAGGAAACAGAGAACAUGGGAGACAAUGGAAGGCACAUUGAAGGACAAGAUGCACGAAGAACCCAGGAGAGGGCUACCCUUGUGGAUAUUGAAAAUGAUAAUGAAGAAGGAGAAGAAAAUAAAGAGGAGGAAGAUGAAGAAGCAACAACACCAAAGCAGAAGCAGACGCAGACGCAGACGCAGAAGCAGAAGCAGACGCAGAAGCAGAUGCAGACGCAGAAGCAGACGCAGAAGCAGAUGCAGAAGCAGAUGCAGAAGCAGACGCAGACGCAGAAGCAGAUGCAGAAGCAGACGCAGAAGCAGAUGCAGAAGCAGACGCAGAAGCGGACACAGAAGCAGACGCAGAUGCAGAAGCAGACGCAGAUGCAGAUGCAGAAGCAGAUGCAGAAUAAAAAUCAAAUCAAAGAAGGUGUAGAAGAGGCCCCGUCAACCCCUGUGUGGGAGAGCUGGAGCCAAGCUGUGAGAGAAAGCCCAAAGAAACAACAGCCUGCGCUGCCGAAGAAGGACAAGAAGCCACAAGUGGAAGCAGCUUCCCAACCCCAGCCUGUCUCAGGCUCUGGGAUGAAUUGGGUCUGCCCAAGGUGUGGUGAAUUUCUGAUGACUGUUCCUGACAAGAUGAGACAUUGA